GAAGUUGUAUACAUGCAUCUCAAUCAGUUUAAAUCUUUUCCCUGAAAGUCUUUUUUUCUCAGUUCAUUGUUCAUCAUGGCAGAAGCAGAAUCAAAGGGAAUUGGAGCUGAUGCCGACGCUAUCAGCUCUUCUCACCAUAGCGAGACCAUGCUCCCUACAAAUGCAGAACCUGUCAACGAAAAGGACGUCGGGCUUUCACCAAAACAUCCUAUCUCCAACACCAACCGUCGGGUCUCGGAAUGGGAAGCUCUUCAAAUCGCGCAGGCGGGUGACCUCGACACAAUUAACGCAGAGGUGGAUGAGAUUGAAGCGGACCUGCAACGGAUGAACCUGAGAUCUACCUGGUACAAGCCACUUUUGAAUUUCAGAGACCCAAAGUUGUUCGGUUACCUCCUCCUUUCGCUUCAAUGGGCGGCUUACUCUCUGGUAUUGAUCAGUCCUUGAUCAGUGGUGCUAAUCUCUAUCUUCCCGGGUCUCUACACCUCGAUACGAAGCAGGUCAGCCUGGUCAGUUCAGGAGUGCCUCUGGGAGCUGUUGGGGGUGCGCUGAUGCUCGGCCCCCUCAAUGAGUGGCUCGGUCGUCGGAUGGCCAUCAUUGUCUCCCUGGUGCUCUAUACCGUCGGCGCAGGCCUCGAAGCUGGAGCCAUUAACUUCGGCAUGAUGGUUGCCGCGAGAGUAAUUCUCGGUCUUGGGCUUGGUCUCGAGGGCGGAACCGUCCCUGUCUACGUCGCCGAAUCAGUGUCCCGCAAAUAUCGAGGGAAUCUCGUCUCCUUGUACCAGUUCAUGAUCGCUCUUGGAGAAGUGUUUGGCUAUGUCGUAGCCGCUAUUUUCGUUGAUGUGAAAUCUGGAAACUGGAGAUAUAUGCUUGGGUCUUCUCUUGUCUUCUCGACCAUCAUGUUCGUCGGGAUUAUCUUCAUGCCUGAAUCCCCACGUUUCCUCAUGCACAAAGGCAAGACCACUGAAGCCUGGUUCGUUUGGAAACGGAUCCGCGGUGAAGAUGAGGAGGCCAGGAAGGAAUUCUUCGUCAUGAAACAUUCGGUCGAUGAAGAAUUCGCGCUCAAGCAAGAAGCAGGAAGAAAUCGGCGUUUCAUCUGGAUGGACUUCUUGACCGUCCCUCGAGCCCGGCGCGCAAUCAUCUACGCUAAUGUGAUGGUCUUUCUCGGACAGUUUACGGGGAUCAACGCUAUCCAAUAUUACAUGGCGACCCUCAUGGCGCAAGUGGGCUUCGACGCCAAGAAAUCCGUCUUCAUGUCUCUUGUCGGCGGCGGCUCCCUGCUCCUCGGCACCAUUCCCGCCAUCUUGUACAUGGAGAAAUUCGGACGUCGUUUCUGGGCGUGCGCCAUGCUGCCCGGCUUUUUCAUCGGCCUCUUGAUCAUCGGCUGUAGCUAUCUAAUUGAUCCGCACACCAACGUCGCCGGUGCACAGGGCGCCUACAUCACCGGGCUUAUCCUCUACGAGGGCUUCUUUGGCUCCUACGCCUGUCUCACCUGGGUCAUCCCCUCCGAGGUCUACCCCACGUACCUGCGAUCCUACGGCAUGGAGACGUCCGACGCGAUGCUCUUCCUCUGUUCCUUCCUAGUCACUUAUUUCUUCUCACAGAUGCAAAAAGCCAUGUCGCAGAUCGGCCUCACGCUCGGCUUCUACGGCGGGAUUGCGGUCGUGGGAUGGGUUUACCAGCUGCUGUUCAUGCCGGAGACGAAGAACAAGACGUUGGAGGAGAUAGAUGUUCUUUUUAGUCAGCCGACAGGUGAGCUGGUUAGGGAGAAUUGGAGGAGUGUUAAGGUUACUAUUGCGGAUUUUUUCUGUUUUAGGUGGGGGAAGGUCUUUAGUCCGGUUAGUGAGGGGGAACUUUUUAGGGGCGAGAACAAUCGUAUGAGUAUGGAGAAGGGAGAGGAGAAGGAUGAAAAGGUUCCAAUGUCCCAAUAGGAGUAGAGAUAACGUACAAAAAUAGUCUUCGAAGAGGAGCAUGAAGAUAUUUCGGUGUCGGUAAAUCAUAUGAAUUCUACUCUAGCACAUCAAGUCUAUAGAAAUCAGCAUAGAACUCGUGGUAUAUGUAACAAGGGA